UGUAGCAGUUUAUGAGGAGCCAUGCGAGUGUAAGACAGAACUAUGAACCUGUUUGGAUUCACUGACUUUAUUCUUCACUUUCAUUGUGUUCAGAAAGAAGCCCCGCCCCUGUGUCACUCCAGAUCCAAACGUGAAGUGAAGCUGAUGGAGAAGAUCCCAGAGAGAGCCGAGGCCACCGUCGUCCUCGUUGGCAGUGUGGGCUUCCUGGACCAACCCUCCAUGGCAUUUGUGCGGCUGCAAGAGGCAGUUCUUCUGGAGUCCGUCCUGGAGGUUCCUGUCCCUGUGAGGUUCCUCUUCCUCCUGCUAGGCCCACCUACCGCCAACAUUGACUACCACCAGAUCGGACGCUCCAUCUCCACACUCAUGUCAGACAAGCACUUCCAUGAGGCAGCGUACCAGGCUGAUGACCGCCAGGACCUGCUGUCAGCCAUCAACCGUUUUUUGGACUGCAGUGUUGUCCUUCCUCCCUCGGAGGUCGGUGGUGACGAGCUGCUCCACUCGGUUGCUCGCUUCCAACGAGAAAUGCUUAGAAAGAGGGAGGAGGAGCAGAGCGGCAAACUGCAGGAGAAACAGAGCAGCAUUCAGCACGAUGAAGAUUCCCUCGUUGCUUCCAAACCUGGUGAUGAGCCCCUGAGACGUUCAGGACGUCUUUUCGGAGGUCUGAUCAAAGACGUGACUCGACGGUACCCUCAGUACCUCAGCGACCUUCGAGAUGCUCUGAACCCUCAGUGCAUGGCCGCUAUCAUCUUCAUCUACUUUGCUGCGCUGUCGCCUGCCAUUACCUUUGGUGGACUUCUGGGUGAGAAAACAGAGGGUCUGAUUGGUGUGUCGGAGCUGAUAGUUGCCACGGCGUUGCAGGGCAUAGUGUUCAGUGUGCUGGGUGCUCAGCCUCUGCUGGUGAUCGGCUUUUCUGGACCACUGCUGGUUUUUGAAGAGGCCUUCUACACUUUUUGUAAAGACAAUGGAAUCGAGUAUCUGACAGGAAGGGUGUGGAUCGGUUUCUGGCUGGUGCUGAUCGUUCUCCUCACUGUGGCUUUCGAAGGAAGCAUCCUGGUUCGCUUCGUCUCCCGUUUCACUCAGGAGAUCUUCUCCUUCCUCAUCUCCCUCAUUUUCAUCUACGAGACCUUCUCCAAACUGGUCAAGCUCCGUAGGAUCAUUGGAGACUUUGGGGUCCCCAUUGCUAUCCUCCUCAUGGUGCUGGUGGACUACAGCGUGGAGGACACCUACACCCAGAAACUGAACGUGCCCAGUGGAUUCUCGGUGUCCAGUCCAGAGAAGCGUGGUUGGCUGAUUUCUCCUCUGGGGUCGGACGGGGAGUUUCCUGUUUGGAUGAUGGCUGCCAGCAUCCUGCCAGCCAUCCUUGUCUUCAUCCUCAUCUUCAUGGAGUCCCAGAUCACAGCGCUGAUUGUCAGUAAGAAGGAGAGGAUGCUGGUAAAGGGAACUGGUUUUCACCUGGACCUCCUCAUCAUCGUGGUGGUGGGCGGAGUUUCGGCACUGUUUGGGUUGCCCUGGUUAUCCGCCGCCACGGUCCGCUCUGUCACCCACACCAACGCCCUCACUGUCAUGAGCAAAGCUGUCGCCCCCGGAGACAAGCCCCGCAUCCAGGAGGUGAAGGAGCAGCGGGUGACAGGCUUCCUGGUGGCUGUUUUAGUGGGUCUGUCCAUCGUGAUUGGGGAGGUUCUGCGUCAGAUCCCUUUGGCAGUGCUGUUUGGGAUCUUCCUUUACAUGGGUGUGAUGUCACUGAACGGGAUCCAGCUCACAGAACGACUCAUCCUGCUGCUGAUGCCCCCGAAGUACCACCCCGACCACAACUACGUCCGCAAGGUGAGGACGUUGAGGAUGCACCUGUUCACUAUCGUCCAGCUGACCUGUCUGUCUCUGCUGUGGGUCGUCAUGGCGACGGCAGCGGCGCUGGCGUUCCCCUUCAUGCUGCUGAUGACCAUCCCGGUGAGGAUGCUGCUGCUGCCCCGCCUCUUCACCUGGAGGGAGCUGCAGAGCGUGAGUCACACCUCCAUCACACUGAUGUCAUCCUGA